GCCGGGGGCUGUAGUCCCCCCCUCCCGCCGGCGCUGAAGAUGUCCGAGGUGCGGCCGCCCCCGCUGCGGGCGCUGGGCGAUUUCCUGCUGGGCCCCGCGCGCCUGGCGGCCCCGGACCCGCGCGACCCGCAGCGCUGGAGGAACCGGGUCCUCAACAACCUGCUGUAUUACCAGAGCAACUACGGGCUGGGCCUGGGGCUGGCGCUGCUGCUGGGGGGGUAUUUCCGGCCCCUGCACACCCUGCUUUCUGGCUCCGCCGUGACCCUCGUCUUCGUCGCCUUCGUCUGGGCGGCCGAGAACAAGGCUCCAAUUCGGCGCUUCCGGCGCAGCUACCCGGGCGCCAGCCUCCUGGCCGUGCUGGGGAGCGCCUACGGCCUGGUGUCCCUGCUGGGGGGCUCGAGGGUCUUCCUGCUGACAGUCACCCUGCCCAUCUCCAUGAUUCUGAUCCACGCCUCCUUUCGCCUCCGGAACCUCAAGAAUAAAAUCGAGAACAAGAUCGAGAGCAUUGGGCUGAAGAGGACGCCCAUGGGGCUACUGUUGGAGGCGAUGGGCCAGGAACAAGAAGCUGGCUCUUAAGGAGCGAGACGGACCCCCCCCCCCACCUCCGUCCUUCCCACCAGCCCCUCACCGUUGCCUCGGGCCUGCGCUUCACUACUCUCCUACACGCACACGCUCACUACCAUGAAGAUGCAGCGUCCCUCUGAGUCGAGCCAGGGCCUUGAAAUCGGAGUAGGGUAGGGGAUCAGGUACGGCUAACUUGUGGAACUACCUGCCACAUGAUUCGUUACAGAGGACCAGAUAGUUUAGCUGUGGAGGGGGGCAGGGGAGCUAUGGAACUACUUGCCAGAUGAUUUGAUCCCAAGGUCCGAAGACUUUAGCAGGGGAGAACAGGCUAUGGUUUACAUAUGGAACUACCAACCACAUGAUUUAACCCAGAGGCCUGGAGAGCUUAACAGGAGGAGGGUGAACUAUGGUUAACCUGUGGAACUACCUUCCACAUGAUUUGGCAGAGGGGAGAAUGGCCUGUGGAACUACCCCACUACAUGAUUUGGCCCAGCAAGGGGCUGAGAGCUGGGUAAUCAUUUGAACGACCACAUGUUUUGACCCAGGGGCAUGGAGAAUUUAGCAGAGAAGGGGGAGUGGUUAGCCUGUGGAACUAACUGCCACAUGAUUUGACCCAGGGACCAACCCCCCUAGAUCUGUUUAUGUAGGCCCUACCGAAAUACCCUGUUUGUACAGCAACGAAAGAAACAAGGGGCUUUAACACUGGGAGGGCUGGGGCAGUGGGAGGGGGUGUAUUCAAGGGGGACCCCAAGGGGGCACUGAGGAUUCAGUGGGAUGCUGCAUCUGGCGCUGAGUAUUUAUCCACAACUCCUUCUAUUUAUUUAAGGAGCAAAAACAACUGUUCUAAUAAAAAUUCUGUGCCAUUUGUUGCAAUAAA